AUGGCGAAAGAGAAUCCAAGUCCAACCAUAACAUUGAAACCAGUAGCAUGGGUUUUACCCUACAGAACCGAGAAGAUAACAGAGAUAUACCGAAUGGGUAGAAAACUCGGUCAAGGUCAAUUCGGAACAACCUAUCUCUGCACACACAAAUCAUCAAACAGAAGGUAUGCGUGCAAGUCAAUCCCUAAACGGAAGCUGUUUUGCAAAGAGGAUUAUGAAGAUGUUUGGAGAGAGAUUCAGAUAAUGCAUCAUUUGUCUGAACAUUCACAUGUUGUUAGAAUCGAAGGGACUUAUGAGGAUUCUACGGCUGUUCAUAUUGUUAUGGAGCUUUGUGAAGGAGGUGAACUCUUUGAUAGGAUUGUUCAGAAGGGUCAUUAUAGUGAGAGACAAGCUGCGACUUUGAUUAAGACUAUUGUUGAGGUUGUUGAGGCUUGUCACUCGCUUGGUGUUAUGCAUAGGGAUCUUAAACCGGAGAAUUUUCUAUUUGAUACUGUUGACGAAGAUGCUAAGCUUAAAGCUACUGAUUUUGGUUUGUCUGUGUUUUAUAAACCUGGUGAAUCUUUUUCUGAUGUUGUUGGGAGCCCAUACUAUGUUGCACCGGAGGUCUUGCGCAAACUAUAUGGCCCUGAAUCAGAUGUGUGGAGUGCCGGGGUUAUUUUGUACAUCUUAUUAAGUGGGGUGCCGCCAUUUUGGGCAGAAACGGAACCGGGGAUCUUCCGUCAGAUUUUAUUAGGAAAACUUGAUUUUCAGUCUGAGCCUUGGCCUAGCAUUUCAGACAGCGCAAAGGAUCUAAUUCGGAAAAUGCUUGACCAAAAUCCUAGAACAAGGCUUACGGCACAUGAAGUACUCCGCCACCCAUGGAUUGUUGAUGACAACAUCGCACCUGAUAAACCUAUUGACUCUGCAGUUUUAUCACGUCUGAAGCAAUUUUCUGCUAUGAAUAAACUGAAAAAGAUGGCGUUGCGUGUUAUUGCGGAGCGGCUAUCCGAGGAAGAAAUUGGUGGCCUGAAAGAGUUAUUCAAGAUGAUUGACACAGACAGCAGUGGAACCAUAACAUUUGAUGAGUUAAAAGAUGGCUUAAAGCGAGUAGGAUCAGAACUUAUGGAGUCUGAAAUCCAGGAUCUUAUGGACGCUGCGGAUAUUGAUAACAGUGGGACAAUUGACUAUGGCGAAUUCAUUGCUGCAACUGUUCAUUUAAAUAAGCUGGAGAGAGAGGAAAACCUGUUGUCAGCCUUCUCCUAUUUCGACAAAGAUGCUAGUGGUUACAUAACCAUUGAUGAGAUUUCACAAGCUUGUAAGGACUUCGGGUUAGAUGAUAUCCAUAUUGAUGAAAUGAUCAAGGAAAUUGAUCAAGAUAAUGAUGGACAAAUAGAUUAUGGUGAAUUUGCUGCCAUGAUGAGAAAGGGCAAUGGAGGGAUAGGAAGGAGAACAAUGAGAAACACACUAAAUUUAAGAGAUGCUUUGGGAUUUGUAGGCAAUGCAUCUAACCAAGUUAUUGAUGGUUAUCUUUAG